CUCCGCGACAGUAAAUUAGAUUUUUGUUACUUUUCUGGCGGGAAGAUGAGUCAAGCGGAGGGGCGGCGAUUAGAAAUAAGGGAGAGUUCGCGUGGGGGAAUCCGGGCCCGACAGUCAAGUUGCUAGGGGGCUGGCGCCCACCGGGCUGUGCACACGCUUUACCCCCACUUCCACUCGCCCCGUUUGAGAUCGCAGCCGCAGACCCGGGGCGCUAGGAGUCCCAUAGUCGCUCUCCCACUAUGGUGAUCCUCAGAGAGGGCAUCUGUCCCGGAGCCACCGCCCACCUCAUCCAGGCUUUAAAGGAGCAGAACGUGAAGACAGUGGUGAACUUAGUGACUGCAGACAUUGAAGACCUGGCGCAGAAAUGUUCGAUUUCGUACAAGACGUUGAUGGCUGUGAGGCGUGUGUUACUUGCUCAGUAUUCUCCAUUCCCCUCGAACGGUGUGGAUCUGUACGAGGAGCUGCUGGGUUCCACAGCCAUCCUGUCUACGGGAAACCCCAGCCUGGACAAGUUGCUGGAUUCGGGCCUUUACACAGGAGAGCUGACAGAAUUUGUCGGAGGACCGGGCAGCGGAAAGACUCAGGUGUGCCUCAGCCUGGCCGUGAGCAUCGCGUGUCAGCUGAAGCAGAAGGUCCUGUACGUCGACUCGACGGGAGGUCUGAGCAGCCGCCGCCUCCUGCAGCUGGUCCAGAGCCAAGUUGACCGCAUGGAGGAGCAGAGUGAGGCCCUGCAGAGGAUCGAGGUGAUACGGGUGUUUGAAGUGCACUGCCUCCUGGAUGUGCUGCAGGAGCUCAGGGCAGGCUCCACACGCCAGGUGACUGGCACCCACGGCUCAUUGAAGGCGAUUGUCGUCGACUCCAUCACAGCAGUGCUCUCCCCUAUUCUGGGUGGCCACCAGCUAGAAGGUAUGGCCCUCAUGAUGCAGCUUGCAAGAGAACUGAAGACAUUAGCCAGAGAACUGGCCAUCGCAGUGAUUGUGACGAACUACGUGGUCCGGGACGCGGGUGGAGGUGUGAAGCCUGCCCUGGGGUGCUCCUGGAGUUAUGUCCCCAACGUCCGAAUACUUCUCCGGCGUGGGUCUGACUCAGCCGGCCCUGCAGAGCGCAGUGCAACGAUACUGAAGUCAUCCAGGCAGCCAACCAGGGUCAGUGUGGAAUUUGACAUCACUUCCCUCGGGACCCUGGGCAGCCGAGCCGAGCCUCCUCAACCCUCCACUGGUGACCUUGACGACACUUAGUAACAUCCGCAUAGAGCUCUGUAACUGUGUGUGAACACUGUGACUUCAAUGAGAAGGCGGUAAGAGCUGUUUAAUAAGGAUUGGGCCUUUACCUUCUCUCAUCACAAGACCUGGUGCGUUUGAGUGGGGUAAUAGCCCUUGGCAAUUGGCCAUACUUCAUGGAGCUCCAAGAGCAUUGGUUCCCUCCUUGCUGUGGAGAGGUCCAGCAGUGUGUGGCUGGAGAUUCCGACAGUAGACGAUGACAGGCAGGUGCACUCCUGGUUUCCAGGAAGAGCGGCCGACUGAAAAUGCAUCCUGCAGCUUGUAAAUCAUUCUCAGUGUUUGGCUUUACAGAGCUGGAGCUCGUGUGGCCUGAGGCUGCGAGGAGUGGAUAGCCGUGAUGCAUUAAACAACACGAUGGUUUUUUAUAUUACUUCAGGAAUGCAGGAGAACUUGAGAGGAAACAUUUCACAACCAGCAUGGGGAAAGUGCUGGGCAGCCUUACCUCUGUGUGUUUUGUGAUAGUCAAAGAACCUCCAGCAUUUUCUGUUUUCAUUCCUGUUCAUCAGCCCUGCCAAGUACAGUGGACCUUGGCAGUGCCUGUCACCUCCCGCACAUUGACCUUUCUCUCCUGAGCAGAGGCUGGCCGGGAAUUCGGAGCAGUGCAAUUCCCGUACUUGGACGGGAGAGCCACAGUGAUGAUGCGGAGAGUACGAUGGUGACAGAUCCGUACGCAGAGGGAGGGCUGCAUCUCCGUCGUAAGAUGAAAGUGCCUUACUGUUACGUGGCAGUAACAAUAUCUAACAUUUACUGUAUCUGUAGAGCUGAAAUGCAAAUA